GUUUCUAUCGUCUCUUUCUUUCUUUUCAUUAUUUCUUGCGUCCUUUCCUUCACAAGAUGAUCUUUAACCUCAAUUUGUGAAUUCAGAGAUGUUGUGCCCGUCAAGGAGGAAACAGAAGAAACAACAAAAGAUCAAUUUCCAGAAGCAUGGGAGCUUAUUGUUGGAAGAAAUUAUUGCAUCGUCAGGAGGUAAGUACAAUCCCAUCAGUACGUUUUCUUCCCACCAAAUCCUUCAAGCCACAAACCACUUCGACUGGAACUACGUAAUCUAUGAAGACAUAUUCUUGUGGUACAAAGCAGUCUCAUCGAUGAUGAGCUGCCAUAAAAACGUUCUCAAGCUUAUAGGGUGUUGUCUAGAGUUUCCUCGUCCGGUUCUCGUGUGUGAAUACCCAGAAAUGGGAGCUCUUACCUAUCGAGGAGGUGCGGGGAUGGUAAUCAAGCCUUUGCCUUGGAAUGUAAGAUUGAAGAUCGCUAAGGAGAUUGCAGUUGCUGUAACUUAUCUUCAUACUGAAUUCCCUAGGACUAUAAUCCAUAGGGAUUUAAAGCUUGAAAAUGUUUUCUUGGACAAGAAUUGGACUGCUAAGCUCUCUUCUUUCGGCCUCAGCAUAUCGAUUCCGGAGGGACAAUCGGGCGUACAAGACAUGGUUUGCGGAACAACAGGCUUUGUGGAGACACAGUAUGCAACAACAGGCUUUGUCACUGAGAAUGUUGACAUCUACAACCUUGGAUUCAUCAUGCUAAGUCUUUUGACAGGAAAGCGUAGAUUGCAUGAAGAACCCGCUAAUGGUGACAUUUAUAAGCUGAUUAUGUUGCCUGAUUAUGUUGGGGAGAUUCUUGAGCGAGGUCCGUUCACUGAACUGAUAGACCCUUCGAUGUUGAAUAGCACAACUGACAAUAUUCCUGAUCAUUUAAGGCUGCAGAUGGAAGCAUUCCUUGAACUUGCUUUGAAAUGUAUUAGAUUCAGACCUGCAGGGGAAAACGUGCUUCGCAUGAUAGACGUUGCAAAAGAGCUCAAGAAGAUAGAAAACCAUACAUGAAGCAAACUCUUCUGGACCUUCUGGUGAGAUUAUAUCUAUCUAUUGUGUUUGUGUAGUCGGUAAUGGAAAAAAUUGUUAUCAUCAUCUUGUUUUCGAGUCUUCUUUCACGUAAUAUGCUGUAUGCAAGGAUUGUUUACAUAGCCACUCCUAUAUAUAAGCAAAAUAAAAAGCUUCUUUUGGAGAUUAGAGAUGCUCCCAUUUUCAGUCA